CCAGGUUUCUUGAAAACAUCAAAAUAUCCAACAGGUUUAGAACUCGAUAUUCCUUACUAUUAUUAUGGUUUUGCUAUUGAAGUACAAGGAGAACAACACGAAAAAUAUAACGAAUUCUUCCAUAAAGGAGAUCCCAAUAAUUUUAUUAGACAACAAGAACGGGAUCAACUCAAGAAAGAAUUAUGCGAAGAAAAUUGGAUAGUUCUACGAGAAGUUUGGUAUUAUGAAGACCCAUUCGAGAAAAUUCCAACUAUCCUUCGAGAACUGGGUCUUAUUCCUAAACU